UCACAGUGUACGAACAAUCGUUCAACGCGCGUGAUAUCGGUCGCAACGUUGUACACGUUUAUUUCUUUUCGUGAAGACAGAAAAGAAUAGUGUUUUUUGAAGAAAUCUUUGUGUGUUGCAAUGGAUCAAACCAAAGUGGACGAUGUAGCACCGGACAGAAUAGCCGAGACCUUCGUUGGUCGUCGAAUACUGGUGACAGGCGGAACAGGAUUUUUAGGAAAAAUUCUCAUCGAGAAGUUUCUGCGAUGUUUGCCUGAGAUAGCGCAGAUUUAUAUGCUAAUCAGAACGAAAAAAAACAAAGAUCCUAAACAUCGAUUGGAAGAAAUAUUCAAUUCUGCGAUUUUUGAUAAAGUUAAAACUCAACGGGGAUUAUCGGCGCUUAUGCAAGCGGUAACGGUUGUGAGCGGAGACGUUACGUUGCCGGGACUCGGUUUAUCGCCGGAAGAUCGAAAGAUGCUCUGCGAGAAUGUCGAAAUUGUGUAUCACGCAGCAGCCACCGUCAGAUUUGACGAGCCGUUGAAAAAAGCUAUACUAUUAAAUACACGCGGUACAAAACUGAUGAUAGAACUGGCCAAAGAAAUGAAGCAUCUACUUUUGUUUGUCUAUAUCAGCACUGCCUACUGUCAUCUCGAGGAAAAAGUGUUGAAAGAGAAGACGUAUCCUCCGCCCGCGAAUCCUCACGAAAUGAUCAAAUACGUCGAAUGGAUGGACGACAAAAUGGUCGAGUCUAUGAAAAACAAGAUUUUAGGCAACGUACCCAAUUCGUAUGCUUUCACGAAGGCUUUAGCGGAAAGUCUCAUCGAAGAAGCUAUGCCAUAUAUACCAGCGAUAAUUUUAAGACCGAGUGUAGUUCUCCCGGUUUGGAAGGAACCAAUUCCAGGUUGGACAGACAACAUAAACGGUCCAGUUGGACUCUUAAUUGGAGCUGGGAAAGGAGUGAUCAGAACGAUGUACUGUGACGAAAACAAUUACUCUGAUUUCCUUCCCGUUGAUAUCGCUGUCCAUGCCAUCCUUCUCGCUACGUGGAAUUAUAUUUACUUGAAGGAUUACGACAAACGAGUUAGUCAUUUGACAAGUAGUAACGAAUUCAAGAUUCCCUGUGGGGAAAUAAUAACACGCGGCCGAAAAAUAAUACAACGAAUACCUUUAAACGGAGCAGUGUGGUAUCCAGGCGGUAGUAUGACGAAAUCGCGACUGAAGCACAACAUUUGUUUCCUGCUGUUUCACAUGAUACCGGCGUACUUGAUCGACAUGCUUCUUUUCCUCUUGGGUUACGAACCCAUUAUGUGUCGUGUACAACGUCGCGUAAAAAAAGGAUUUGAAGUUUUCGAGUAUUAUAUGAACAAUCAAUGGGACUUUGAGAACACACACGCUGACUAUGUAAGAGAGAAAAUGAACAGCACGGAGUACAAGAAGUACCAAAUUCACGGCGAGGAUUUGGACAUAGAUGCGUAUUUCGAAGAUUGCAUCCGAGCCGCCAGAAUAUAUGUUCUAAACGAACCACCGGAAACACUACCGGCCGCUCGCAGGCACUUGAGAAUAAUGUAUUGGGUGGAUGUAUUCGCAAAGAUCUUGUUCUUUCUGCUUGUUAUAUACGCGUUGGCGUCUUGGAACAAAAGUGUUAAUACACUGUUUACGUACUGCGUGUCGUACUUAGGAUUGUGAUCGAUUGUGUUUUCCGGAUUGUGACUAAAGUCUCUUGUAAUCAAUCGCACGAGAUCUGUGUUGAUGGCAUUAUAUAACGUAGUACUGGUUAAAUUUGAAGAUAAAUAUAUAUUGAAGUGAAAUCAGAAUAUGUGUAACAAUAAAUCUCAUAAAGUGCACUACAAUUGUGCGUACGAAAUAUAUACAAGAUAUGAAAAUAAAGAUGUUACUGCUCAGUUAAAUGUUGAGUUUAU